ACGCGCUCACGAGUGCUCUGCGCUCUCUGAGCCUGACCUCCCCGGCCAUUCCCGCCCGGCUUCCGACUCUGCUCCCUGCUGCCCAGGGAAGCAUGCAGAGGUCAAAAGGCAUUGGUACUGAUUGACGGUGCUAUACGGGUGUGUGGAAUUUACGAAAAGGUUUCCUGACAAGAGCUUGAAACAGACUGGAAGAUGAUGAAAGGGAGAACAUCACAUUGGAGAAAUAUUUCAGAGAUAAGAAAUCAGCUGCCCUCUGCCUUGGUGCUGCCUUCUCGCCGUCCAGUGCAUAUGUCUGUGGACCUUCAUGCCAAGUUUGUGUCCUGGAAGAGUCGUACCAAGUACACAGUUAAACCAGUGAAAAUGAGGAAGUCUGGGGGCCGAGACCAUACAGGCCGCAUCCGAGUACAUGGUAUUGGUGGGGGCCACAAGCAAAAUUAUAGAAUGAUUGACUUUCUACGGUUCCGGCCUCAGAAGGAAACCAAGCCAGAACCCUUUGAGGAGAAGGUUGUCAUAGUCCGCUAUGAUCCAUGUAGGUCUGCAGACAUAGCUCUGGUCGCUGGGGGAAGCCGGAAGCGCUGGAUCGUUGCCACAGAAAACAUGAAGGCAGGAGAUACAAUCCUGAACUCUAACCAUAUAGGCAGGAUGGCAGUGGCUGCUAAGGAAGGGGAUGCACACCCUCUUGGGGCACUGCCUGUGGGGACCCUCAUCAACAACGUGGAAAGUGAGCCUGGCCGAGGAGCCCAGUAUAUCCGAGCUGCAGGGACAUGUGGCGUCCUGCUUCGGAAGGUGAACGGAACAGCCAUUAUCCAGCUGCCCUCUAAGAGGCAAAUGCAGGUGCUGGAGACGUGCACUGCAACUGUAGGCCGAGUUUCCAACGUCAAUCAUAACCAGCGGGUCAUCGGCAAGGCAGGACGGAACCGCUGGCUGGGCAAGAGGCCUAAUAGUGGGCUGUGGCAGCGCAAGGGAGGCUGGGCGGGCCGGAAGAUUCGGCCACUGCCCCCCAUGAAGAGUUACGUGAAGCUGCCCUCUGUUGCUGCCCAAAGCUGAUACCCCUGGACUCUAAUAAAAUGCCCCUUGUUUUCA